CAUUUGCAUCUGUUACAACGGAGUAUGAAUGGUGAAGACAGUGCCUUGUCGCUUUCUCGCCUGACGGAGGAAGUGAGUACAAUCGAGUCCGUCCUCAGUACUUGGGCGCAAAAGGACAUUUUCUUUUCCAGCUUUUCUAUACCCACGGCGGGUCUGGUGGCGGUAUUGUCCGAUGCGGCCAGCGAUGACACGUGGUACGACGAGUACCUUUGCCUGAAUGCAACGGUGACGAACGCGAAGAAGGUCGAUGAUGGGUUGAAAUUGACGGAAUCCAACUCCGGGGCAAUGUGGCUUGUGAACACUUGGGCUAAUAAUGUGCGUCAUGUAUCCUUGAGCCACAACUUCACACUUGUGGCGACGGUGACAAUCGAAGAGGCUCCGACUGCAGACGCUCCUCUGCUGGGUGCGAUGUUGGUGAAAAAUAAUUCCUCUCAUACCAUGGGAAUCCUGUAUACGGCGAAUAAGACGUGGGAGACGAUUUUCAAAGGCGAGACAAAACCAAAAACGGAAAGUGGCACUUGGGAGCUUAAGAAAGAAUACCAAGUGGCACUCAUGCUGCAAGGCAACAAGAGCUCCGUGUACGUUGAUGGCAAGUCGCUGGGGGAGGAAGAAGCGCUGUUAACAGGUGAGACACCACUUGAGCUUUUAUACUUUUGCUUUGGCGCGUGCGAUACGAAAAACUCUCCUAUGACGGUGAAGAACGUCUUUCUGUACAACCGCCCACUGAAUCCCACUGAGAUGACUGCAAUCAAGAAGAGGAUCCCCGUUCCGACGAGAGCUCCAGAACCACAAGUAAAAAUUGCUCCUAAUCCUAUCGCACCUGCUGUGUCUGCUGUACCUGCGGUGUCUGCUGUACCUGCGGUGUCUGCUGUACCUGCGGUGCCUGCUGUACCUGCGGUGUCUGCUGUACCUGCGGUGCCUGCUGUACCUGCGGUGCCUGCUGUACCUGCUGGGAAUGAAGGGACGGCACGAGAAACGGGUGAUGGUGGGGCAAAUGGUGAUGCCGGCUCCGUGUACGGGAGCGGACUGCUGCCGCUGCUGCUUCUGCUGGGGCUGUGGGGUUUUGCGGCUGCGUGA